AUGAAAAAUGCUUACUGCUUCUUAUACUUUUGUAACUUAUUUGUAAGAAAAGAUGAUAAAAGAAAAACUUUUUACAAUUUAAAAAUAAAAAAAAUUAACAAUGUAGAAAAGAAUACACUUAACAGCACGGAUGAUAAUUACAGCUAUUUCGAUAAAAGUCGAAAUAACGAAUAUGAGAACAUUUUAAAUGAAAUAAUUUAUGAAUAUGAACAGGAGGAAAAAAAAAAGAAAGGACAUAUAGCAGGUGAGGGAGAAGAAGAAAGGGACAGGAAAAGAGAUGAACAAAGAGAUGAACAAAGAGAUGUGCUAGGACAUAAACAAAGGUUUGACCAAAGAGAUGGAGGAAGUAGCUACGAAAUAGGGGAAAAUGAAAAAGGAGGAAAAACAAACUGGAACAGUGAAGAAGGGAAUAUUGCAAGUAAUAGCACAACAAAUGGAAGCUCUAAACAUGAUGAAAUUAAGAGAAUUGAAAAUUAUAAAGAAAACGGUUUAUUAAAUUUAUGCAAUUUAAACUAUGAUAUAUUAAAUUUAUUAUUAAAAAAGGAGUUGAAAGAAAUGCAUAGUAAAUAUGAAAAAUAUGAAGAGGAUGGAAAUUAUAAUAAGGUUAGCUUAUUCUUAGAAACCCAAGCCCAUAGCAAAAUAAAAGAAAAAGACAACAUGUACAUUGAUGACAGUGUUGGUAGGUACUUUUUAAAUAUUGAUAAAAAUUUUAUUGAAUCAAUUUCAGAACGAGAAUUUCAUGUUUUACAAAAUGAUAUAUAUAAAAAUAUUAUAUAUUUAAAAUAUAACCUUUUGAAAAGCUACAAGAACAUUAUUCAUAACUUAAAACAAGUAAAACAAUGCAAAACAGAGCAAAUAAACAAGCACGUUUCAGUAGUGUACGAAGAGGAUAACAACAAUAAUGAAUACAUGAAUGACAAUGAAAAUGAUAACAGUAGUAGUAAUUACUACAACGAAAAUGAAGAAAUUGAAAAGAAAAAUGCUAUAAAUAAUGACAGGAUUAACAAAAUGAACAACUUUAGUAACUCUGUUCAUGCGAAUAAUUUGGAUAAAGACAAUGUCAGUGUUAGUAACCAAGAACAAAAUGAUGUAAAUAAACAAAAUUUAGAACAAAUUGACGAACAGUUGUCCUUGGAUAGUAUAAAAGAAAUUAUCGACGUUAACCAAAGACUUUCAAAAUUGCAAAAAAAUUAUAAUGAUUUAAAAAAUUUUAACAUUUCUCAAGUUUUAAAUAAGAACAAUUUUUUAAAAAGCUUAAAAAUAUACAAUUUUAAAUUCCAUCAUUAUAGUUCCUACUUGUUAAGCAAAUCCAUGAAAAAGUUCUUGAAGAAAAUUCAACAAAGUGCUCAUGUACCAUCUGAAGGAACCCAAGCGAAUAAUGAAGUCGAAAUGAGUUCAUCAGAUAUCAAAAAAGGCAUUCACAAUGACAUACACAAUAACAAAGACGAAGGGAAAUACCAAGAAAACGUGAAUAACCACAGUGAUGAGAAUAAAAGCGUAAAGAAGAAAAGGAAUGACGUAUGUGAAAAGGAAAAUUCAAAAGAACAAAAAGAGAACAUACUGACAAAUGCAGAGAAUAAUUUCUCCUAUAUUUGCAUUCCUAAAGUAAAUGACAGUAAUUUUUUGAUGAAACAAAACAAAUCAAUUAUUAUCAACUUGACAAGUAUGAAUGAUAAGGAAAAUAACAAUUUGCAGCCAAUCGAUGAGUUAAAUGUUGAUACAGAUAAAGGUAUACUUAUAUUAAGUGCAAAUGAAAAAAGUAUAAAUAUUAAUGUAAGAAAUAUAUGUGAUAAAAUUUCUUAUUUAACUCAAAGUUUAUCUAUAUACCCACAACUGGAUUAUAAGGAGAAUAUUUUGGAAAAUAUAAAAAUUAUUAAAAGAUUACUCAUGUUAAUGGUGUUUUAUUUUAAUAUAAAAAAUAUUUAUGUUAUAUGUUUAGAUAAUACAAGUACAAAAUUUUUUUAUACCUUUUUGAACAAUCAUGAUGAUAAUUUGUUUAAAAAUUUUGUGAACAAACAAAAACAGGAAGAAUAUUUUUUUAUUACCUUAAAUGAUAUAAAAUUUUCUCAUAUAAUUAAUAAUAACUUUAUACCUUUAUAUUCUACAAAAAACAUUUUUAAAAAUUAUGCUUUUAUUAUGAACAAGGAAGAAAACUUUUAUGAUAUUUCAUUUUUUAAAAGAUCUUGCUUGUUCAUGUUUUUAUAUGAACAUAAUGAUAAACAAAAUCAUGUAAUUUCCUCAUCAGCACAACAUUUUUUUUAUUACAAGAAAUUUGAUUAUCCAUUUAUAUACAAUAUUGAUAAUAAAUACUCCAUAAAAACGUUAAAACAAUUUAACGAAAUUUUGUUGUACCUUACUUCGUGGAUAGACAUAUUUCAUGCUGGGGAAAAUGAACAUAAUACCUCAAAAGAUGAUAAACAUAUGCAGGACGUAGAUAUACCUGACCAGGAAGGAGAUGCAGAAGAAAGAGGUAAAGAAGAUGAGGAUGAGUUCAUUCAGAAUAUGUACACUGAUGAGGAUGAAGAUGAAUAUGAUGAUUAUGCUAAUGAUAAGGAUGAAAGAACGUGCGAAGGAAAAUAUGGGGAAGGUAUAUCUAAUAAUGAAACAGAUGGAAGUAAUUAUAAAGACGAUGAACAGGAUGGGAAAAACAUAUAA